CUGCACAGGAAGAAGACUCGGGUCGGCAGGACGACGGUCCGGGAUCCUUAUCGUUGGUGUUUAACAUGUCCCCCUAAUGUGCAGCUGGGUUUACUGAUGUGUGGAUAGUCUGGCGUUGUGCAAAGGUCCAGUCCCGUUUGGUCUUAAGACAUUGCACAAGCCCCACAGCCAGCCUCAGCUAAUUCUGCCAUCCAUCAUAUAAGUGGCUGUUCAAUGCCUAAUACAUCAGAAGGUCAAGGAGCAAACCUUUCUGGGCCAGCAGAACCAUCGGGGUUGCCCAGGCCCACCGAUGGGGAGGAGGAACGCAGUCUGAUCAGCUCCCUCGCCCGGGACGCUGCCAGAGUGAGGAGGGCUUCGAGUGCCGAGCUCCACCUGCCGUGGACCUGUCCGGUCACACACUCCCGUGAGAAGUUCUACACAGUCUGCUCCGAUUAUGCCCUUCUCAACCAGGCUGCCUCUGUGUACUGCCCCCCGAACACAGCCAGGGAUGUGGUCCCGAACAAGCAGGGUGAUGGGCCAUCAUCAGCUGACUUGAGCACAGGCCAGCCAGGAGAGGCCCUUGUGGGAUCAGAUGGGGACUGGGACAUGGUGGAAGUGUCCUCUGGCCACAGUAAGCCUAUUUUGGCCUGGGAGAUUGAUACCACAGACUUCAAUGCUGUGCUCACCAGAAAAACAAGAACAAGCAAUGUGAAGAAGAGCAGCACCAAGAAGAUGAAGUCAUCAGACAGACCCAGCCGAAAUCUUCAAGACGUCCCUUCUCAUGCCUCACUGGAGGAGAUCAAACAGAGAAAAGUGCUCGACCUCAGAAGAUGGUACUGCAUCAGUCGGCCACAGUACAAGACUUCGUGUGGAAUCUCCUCAUUGGUGUCCUGCUGGAAUUUCUUGUACAGCACUCUGGGUGCAGGAAGCCUUCCACCCAUCUCUCAGGAGGAGGCUCUGCAUAUUCUGGGGUUUCAGCCGCCAUUUGAAGAAAUCAAGUUCGGUCCUUUCACUGGAAAUGCUACACUGAUGCGGUGGUUCCGACAAAUCAACGACAACUUCAGAGUGCGAGGCUGCUCCUACAUUCUGUACAAACCACAUGGAAAACACAAGACAGCAGGAGAAACAGCUGAAGGAGCAUUGAUGAAACUGACACAAGGGCUGAAGGAUGAGUCUAUGGCCUACAUUUACCACUGCCAGAACCACUACUUCUGCCCAGUGGGCUUUGAAGCCACGCCACUCAAAGCAGCAAAGGCAUAUAGGGGCCCUCUACCAACAAAUGAAAUGGAGUACUGGAUCCUUAUUGGUGAGCCCAGUAGGAAGCACCCAGCUAUUCACUGUAAAAAAUGGCUGGACAUUGUGACUGAUCUCAACACGCAGAAUCCAGAAUACCUUGACAUUCGUCACACUGAGAGGGGGAUUCAGCGCCGCAAGACCAAAAAGGUGGGCGGCAACCUGCACUGCAUCAUGGCCUUCCAGAGGGUGAACUGGCAGAAGCUCGGCCCCUGGGCUCUAAACCUGGAGAACCUGCGCCAUGAGUUCCACCACUCCGGUGCUGAGCGGGCCCACGGGAGCGUCGCAGACGAAACGGAGGACAGGACGUCAUCCAAGCGCCUGGCCUACCUGGGACGCUCACACAGUAUGGGCAGUCAGAAAGACACCAGCUGGAAACGCCAGUCUAACACUGCAGAGUACAGACAGAGGAGCUCCCCUGACAGCGACCUUGAAGAAGACAUCACAGACUGAAAAGGUUUAUUGGAACAAAUGAGGAGGGGGGGCAAAAAAUAACAGACAUUACAAUACAGUACAGUAGCCCUAAGAUACAUUUUAAAAGGAUAAGUUCUUCUAUAUUUUACUGCCAACAAAUCCCAUGAAAAGACGUAAAAAACGUGUUAGACUCUCAGUACUUUCUAAACCCUUUACCCUGUCUGAGGCACUCAGCCCAAAGCCCAUUUGUUACUACUGCAAUAACAGUUUUUAGUCACUGGGGGGCAGCGGAAACAAGUGAACUUGUUAGCCAAACAUCCAGCAGUUACGAAGCAAUAUUAGCAUCCAAUAUCAUCCAGUUUGGUGCUGAGCAGGUAGCGUACAUUGGGCUGUUUGCAAACAGCUGCCUGCUAGUUAAAAGUAUCUAGUGAAACUCACUGUAAAGCUCUGUAAAGCUGAGGAGAGCUGCUGUUGUGGAUAAUAAUUCUCUUUAGGUUCAUCACUACAAGCAACCCCAUUCCAUGUUGUUUUCAUUGUCAUUAAAUACACUGUGAUCGAUCGAUAAAAUUAUCGAUUAUAGCUGCUUUAAAAAAGGCGCAAUACAGCUGGGCAAUGUUGUUUUUAACGAAUGUUACUUGAACAGGAGUAAAUAGUAUAUAUGUUGGGGACUAUUUUUACCGGUGGAUUAAUACACAUUUGGUGCAGCAGUGUGUAUUUACGGCAGCGGGACAGUGUAUGUGCGAUUAACUGAAACUACAGUGCUCAUGUUUACUGUAAUGAAGGAACUGCCUCACUGGAUUGUUUUGAAGUUUUUGAAACAAUAGCUCUGUUACACAGAGGAAUAAGAUAUAUCGGGUUUUGGAUACAAAGAUACCUGCUAAUAUGAUCAAUUCAUUGAUGUCUUUUCAUGGGAUUGGUUGGUUGAACAUAAGAAAAUUAUAGAACAUCAUUAGACCUACACUUUAAUAUUGGAGAAUGAAUGUUUUUUAAGACUGUUCGAUGCAGAUGCAACUCAACCAUCAUUUUUGGGGCCAUGUUGUAGUUUCCAAUUCUUUCAUUCAAGUAUUCUGUUAAAGUUCGUGUUGGUGAGGGUCUGCCGACUGAAACUUUUUAUUAUGCUGUCAUCAGAUGAUACACCAACAACUACUAUAAAUCAAUAACAACGGCAGCUACACAAAUGGGCCACAUUAAACGGCAGCAGUGCAUCAGUCAGUCUAUAAACUGUUUAUAUGUUUUCAAUACAGCCGACUUGCUGUUAUGU